CCACAAUGCAUUGUAGGUUACAGAAGCCUACCCAUAAUGCCCUAGGAAAAAACAGUAACGAUAAUCGUGUAGUGGUGCGACCUGUGUUGCGCUUGUUGUGACAGCUCGAGGCGGAAGUUUCAUUGAAGUAUUGUUUGCUUGUGUUUCUCUUAAGUGUACUUACAUUGCUGAGAAAUUUAACCCUUUUAAAACUGAGUCCGAUUUGUUACUUGAUACACCAUGGCGACGGCAGUUGCUUCACGAUUUGCUGUUCUUACUGUGGAAGGCGAAGAUGAUUAUCCGAAGAAGAGUCAACAGAAGAAAAAGACUGACAAUAAAAAGUCAGCUUCUGGCAACCAAAAGUCGGAUGCAAAUCAGAAAAAGAAAAAUAAGAAACAAGAAAAUGGAAAGCAACAGAACCAGCAGAAAGCGAAUGCAAAACCAAAGGCUAAGUCUUCUACCAAGGGGGACGGAAACAAGCAAGCAAGUUCAACAAACAAAAAGAAAUCUGCUACACAAGACAAUCAGUGGGACCAGUGGAAACAAAAAGAUUCAGAGUUUGUAGAAGAAUCAUAUGAAAGAGAUCUGCAGCAGGCCAUCCUCCUCUCAAAGCUGGACUAUGAGGAAAAGAAAGAUGUUUACGAACAGUUGAAGAAAGAAUCACAAGAACAAGAAAAACGACAGGCAGCUAAUGGAGGAAAUAAACGAGCAAAGAAGCAGCAGAACCGUGCACAACCCAUGUCACUAGAGCAGUUUAAUAAUAUGGUGGAAUCUGAUGGUCUUAAUGCAAUGGGUGCUGUAGAAGAGUGUGAGUCGGAACAGCCAUCAAUAAUUUCAUCAAAUCAAAUAGAACAUGAUACUACAUUCUUUGAAAGAAUCCAGAGUGAUACCAAGAAAGUUCUUGAUCGUGAACACUCUGAAGAACUACGAAAAGCACGUGAGCCUUUUCUUAAUGAACUACUACUUGUAGCUCAGUUGCAAGAUGCUCUAGAAAAGAAAAAAGAAGAAAAUGAGUUAUUAAAACAAGAAAUUGCUGAAUUAAGAGAAGAAUUGCUUAAUGUGAGAACAAGAAACAAGAAACUCUGUCAAAUCCUUGCUCAUGGUGAAAUGAAAGAUAAGGCAGAAGUUCUCCUAGAAGUCGACCGCCUCCAACAAAUGAGGGAUGAACUGUCAUCAGAAGUAUCCAGUCUUCACACUUUGUUAGAGCAAGAACGUUCUAAAGUACGGGCCCUAACUUCUGAUACCAAAAACAAAUCCCAGAACAAGAAACGGAGUGCAAGUGAAACAGCACAAUGAUGGCAGAAGAAGAAACUGGGAAACAUGUACCAGAACUAGUUUCCUGCAGAUUUGUUGUGGAACUGUUUUUGCUGUCUCCAGAUAAACUAAGCAAGAAAUCAAAUUGCUCGCUGCAUGCCAUUUGUGGUGGAGUCUUCAGGUCUGCGGCAAAGCAGAAUACUUUUGAUCAACUUUUAUAUGUCAUUUUGCGUCUUGUGACUGGAUCAGUAUCUUUGAUAAUUGUGUUUGUUUCGUUUGGUAUCAACUUUAAGGGUUUCAUCUGGAUUAAACUGUGAUGAUAACUUUAAAUGUAUGCUUUUUAGUAGAUUUGAGAGAAAAUUUUCAUUGGUAUUUAUGUUAUUCUUUCUUUAUACGCUGACAGAUACAAGAGGAACAAAGUUUAACAUCAGAAGGCAUUCAUUCUUACUAUUAAUAAUAGCAUGUAUCAUUAUAAUAAGGUCUGCCUUUUAUUGGAGAUGUUGAAAACACCACCCAUUUAAAUUUGCACAAUUUUGUUGCCUUUUUUCUGAUAAUAUUAAUUGAUAGCUACAAGUAACACCUUGGUGGUUUUUAUUUUGAUCUGGUGUUUAAGAACACCACAGUAUAGAGAAUACCCCUAUGAAAACUGUCCUUUUUAAGGUUUGGUGCAAAAUGUUGUUGAUAAAGUUGGAAACACUAGUUUAAAAAAUUUCUAAUCAUGGCUCAUUUUUUCUCAAAACUUCUGUUAAAGAGCUGCACAAAUGUUUUAAAGCUGAUGAAAACUGAUUUGAACAACAGGUGUAAAGGAAAACAGUUGUCAUCAUGAUUAUGGGUAUAAAGACAAUUGAACAAGAUGCUGAAUGCUGCCAGAUUUGGAUUGUACAUGUUCUGUUUAGCCAGCCAGUUGGUCAUUGCCGUCAAUAUUUGAACAGCCAUCUUUAAACUAAAAGUGUGAGACACAUGUUGUGCCAGUGUAAGAUAUUACAUAUUUGUAUGCAAGUUAAGUUUCUAAAUAAUAGAAUUCUUCCCUGAUGAUAGCCUUUCUUACUAUUUUUCCUGUUCAGCAGUAUUUGUUUAAUGCAUUUUUUAAUUUGAAAACUUUUGUUGUAAUUAUAAAACAGUUUUGGUGCCAAAUAUGUUAGGUCAUGUGUUGUAAUAUAUUGGUUAAAUUGUUUUUUCUUUCUGUUGUAUGAUGUAUACACCAGCACUAUAUAACAGGCAUAGGAACAUCUUUGUGCUAGUUGCUAAGGUUGUAAUGUGUUCCAAUUACAGAAAUAUGCCAUUGAGAACAUUAAAGUUCCUUCAGAAACAUAUCACUGUUUCUGUUCAUGAAGAGAUUAAACUCUUCUAGAUAUGCAAUUUUAAUGCCAUUAUUCUGUAUUGUUAAUAUGACAGAGAGGUUGAUUGUAAAUAUUGCAUUGUUUUCUGUUAUCAUGUUGAAAUGGCAUGUUUGAGACUGUUGAUUCUGUUUUUGCCCUUCUGAGGCAAAACUUUCUUCUCUUUCAUCUCGUGUAAAUCAAUAAAGUGAUAUUGUUGUGUUCUGUAAGAAAUUAUUGCUUUGCGUGAUUUGUUUAGUGAAGUUCACCAGUCAUUUAAGUAUGCCUCUUUCUUUUCCAGUUAUUCUCUGGUGAUAUGAGUAAGGUUUUCUUAUUUUGGUUAUAUUCAAUAAAGAACUGUGAAAUACA